CUUGUCUCUUUUCCUUCACCUCGUUGUCGGUUGGGGAUUGUGAAAUAGCCGCUGGCAGAAUUACAGGCACCCGUGUUGAGACUUUUUCCUUUUUCUUUGACCGCCCGCAGUACGUCCGCUUUACGUGAAACCGUGCUUACGUACGUGCGUGCCCAUUUGUGGUAGUCACUAUAGUACUGUCCCCCCCCUUCGUGACAUCCGAAGAGUAUGCGGUCGGUAAAACCCUGGAUUCUCUGUGCACCGAUUAUAUUACAUAUGCCACACAAAGGGUCGAGAGUGCGAGGGGGGGGGAUCUCCGCUCCUUGGUAUGGCCCCACAUCGGCAUCCAUUGUGUGGCUGGUUGAAAGAUGGACGGAACAUGACAGAAUGCCUGACAGAAAACAGAAGCGAAGGCGCGUUCCGGUUCUGGUGACGAAUGGGGAAACGCGUCGAAGCAUAGUUGCCUUGGUGAAAGCUAUGCAUGCAGGGAGUCAGCUGGCCACAGCUUAUUGUCCGGAUCUCAACCCGAAUUCUCCCCCGAACUUCGAGCUAAGACGGCUAUGCACUUACAUACCUACAAGUUCCAUGCUCAAACAUUGUGGUGGGGUAUGUACCUUGUUGAACGUAUGUCCAGUUGUACUGUGCAUGGUAGAGCAGAUGACCAGCUUCCUUACGUGCGCGCAUGCUGAUCCGAUCACAAAAAGUGCGAUUGGCGUUGAACUCUUCUUACGUGCCUUUGAUCUUGGUCUCCUAGCUAUGUAUCUCCAUCUUGCCUUGUCGCCCAAACGUCUAUGCCAAAACGUCGUCCCCCGCGAGGGAUUUAUCUAUGUAAUAUGUAUUGCAGAUCCGUAUACGGAAACAUGUCAUCGAAUUUUGAAAUCCCGUCAUUUCCAAACCCUUUAAGACACUUCGGAGUCGAAUUACUUAAGAUGUGCAAUAUUGGAAAUUACUUUUGUCAAUCUUCGUUGUUUUUGGGCAUACAUAGAUUGUCGCAGUUCUUUUGGCUGUGGAUUUGGAGCCCUAUCCAACCAUGGUGAGGGGAAUCAAAACGGUUACAUAUGUACAUAGUUGGUUGUCUGGA